AGUAGAAGUACUGUUCCUCUGCUGGUAUGUGACUGCAGUAGAAGUAGAAGUACUGUUCCUCUGCUGGUAUGUGACUGCAGUAGAAGUAGAAGUAGUGCAAUAAAAAUCUACUAAAUCUACUAAAAUCUACAUUUCAAAUGUCCUGGCAGUAAAAGUGACUGAGCUCCUUUUUCCAAACAGUAACUGUGUUAGCUGGGAUCUUUUCCAUGCAGUUAGAAAAGGAGGAGAGAACACACUGCACACUUCAUGCUUUUAAAGGGACAUUACACUCAACUGAAGUGAGGACCCUGUAGACUCAAUAAGCUCAUAAUAUGAUAGUUGACUCCACAUGGGCCAACUUUGGAAAAUGACAAAAAGUAGAACCAAGAAAGCAGAAGCAGGUUCCUCUUCUCAUCUCUGCUGACUGAGCUUUUAUUGUGAAAGGUUCCACAGUCUGUCACUGAUCAUUUGUUCUCUGUAAUGGAUCUGGUUUAAAAUGGAGUGAAGGACAAAACUCAAGCAGAAAUGGACUGAAGGAAAAGUAAAUCUACACAAAAGUAUACAAAAGCUAAGCACAGGCAUUUAACACUGAACCCAAACCAGAAAUAAUGAAAGGAUCCCUGCAGGACAAAAUCACUUUUCUGCAGCUUGGUGAGAGUCAACGUGAGGGUCCAGCGCAUGAAAACGUAUGAGAGGAAAGUUAAAACGUGCAGCUUCACUGUUGGAGGAGCGAUGCAGACACUGAGAGUGGCACAGAGUCUAGAUGGAAGGAAGAGGAAGAGGAAGAAGACAAAGAGAGGAGGGGUGGCGUCUGUUCUCACCAGCCGGCUGGUAAACGCUCCGCUGUCAGUCUGCUGCCUCCGCCUGCCUACCUCCGGCUCUGUCUUCAUCCUGCUGCCAUGUUGAGCUUCAUCAUCCUCACCUGUAAGGUCUGCUGCCUCCUGAUGGCCGUCGGCUCCAGUCACACCUGCUCAGCCGUGCUGAGGCUGUCUGUGGCGGAGCGGCAGCUGCAGCUCUGCCUGCCGUGCGGGGCCUCUGACGUCAUCUGGACGCUGCAGGACAGGAGGGUCUUGGCCACGCGGGACGGCAGCUACGAGACCAACCAGGACACCAGCAAGUACCGGCUGCAGGACGGCGGCGCGCUCUGCGUCCUGCGGCUGCAGAGCGCCGACAGCGGCCGCUACAGCUGCAACCAGAGGCCGGUGGCCGAGCUGGAGGUGCUGACAGGCCCAAACCUCAUGGUGUCCGCAGGCCGGACGCUGCUGCUGCCCUGCAGAGGCUCCGGUCAGGCCAAACAGAGGUGGUUUCACCGGAGGAAGGGCAAGAAGCGAGAGGCCAUCCUCACCCGCUUCAGAAACGGCACGGUGAGGGAGGAGAGGGAGGACGCAGACGGCAGGUUCCGGCUGGACCAGGACGCCCUGCAGAUCCUGGACCUGCAGCCAGAGGACGCUGGAGAGUACCUGUGCAACAGAGAGCUGGAGGCCAGAGUCAUCGUGCUGGAAGCACAGCCUGAGGAAACCAGCGUCCAACCUGCUACUUUCACAACUGCAACUCCUGCUGUCAUGACAACAGAUGUUGUUGAAACCACCAACAAGGAGAAGAGACCAGAGAACUCUCUGGUGCUGCUGGCCGUCGUCGGGUUGUGUGUCAUGAUCCUGCUCACAGCUCUGCUCUGUGUUUUGCUGACCAGCAUCAAAUGCAGAAGGAUGAGGAAAUACAGAAAAGCAGCGGCAGCAGCGGCGGCGGCGGCGGAGCGACCGGAUGACACCGAGCUGCAGCCGUGGAGUUUGUCCAGCCGACUGACAGGUGCUGAGGGAGGUUUGUCUCUCUACUCCGAGGUGUUUGAGAGUCCGUGCUCGGCGGUGGAGAGCAUCCACUACGCCUCGCUGGGCCGACACAACUGGAGGGAGCGACCCAGCAGGACGCCGCCGGAGCCGAGCCGCCACAACGUCAUCUACUCGUCCGUGAUCACCAGGCCUGCCGCCAAGUAGCCUGCGCUCGCCGCUCCGAGGCCGAACUCUGUUUUCCCGUCUUUUUCUGUUGCACCACUGAACUGAAAGCCAUGAUUUUGCACUUUGAACCGUAGGCCUACAUGUGGAGACUGUCCUUGUGUUAAAAAAAAAAAACGACCCCGUGGGUGGUUUGUACAGCAGCUUCUUACGACCCAUACUUACGUUUUAAAGUUAAGCGCCCUCUAGUGGUGCUGUAAAUAAUGACAGUGGUGCAGGAUAAAGGGAGCGACAAAGUCCGUUUCAUGAGGUUGGUGGGUUGGCAGAUGAGCCAAACAAAACUUUCGCCAGUGGUAACCUUAACCUUGACCUUAAACAAGUAUUUUUAGUGGCUAGCGAGCUAUCUCACUAGCGAGCAUUAGCAAAGCUUCACUAAUAAUCACAUGCAAACAAUAGGAAUACACUCAGUGUCACUUUAUCAGCUCCACCUGUCCAGUCUAAUGCAGUUCAAUGCAACAUAAAUUCUACCUUUUAACAAAGUUUAUAAUGUUCAGUUUAAUUCUGUGUUUAUUACUG